AUGCUGAACAGGAUUCUCUUUGCUUGCCUGUUUCUUGCUCUGUCCACUGAAGGCUCCUCGCUAAGCUGCAGAUGGAUGGAUCAUAAAUUCAGACAGCACAACGAAGAAACUCUGAAUCUACUUGAUACCAUGGCUAAAAAUGUCACUAACACCACUGAAGUGGAGGUCACCGUGGCCUUUCCUAAUCACCUGUACCGCCAGGUUUCCAAAUCAUCAGCUGAGGAUAAACUGGUUUUCACAGUUCAGGUUCUGGAGGAGGUGGCUGCCCUGUUUGAGGAGGAUCACAGCUCUGCAUCAUGGGAGGACAGCACAGUGAGGAACUUUCUCAAUAUUGUCAACAAACAGGCUGAAGAGCUUCACUCCUGUAUUGGGAGCCACGGUCACAAGAAGAAAACCACAAAGCUGCACAUGUAUUUUAAGAGACUCUCACAUCAUAUCUUAAAGGAAAUGGGUCACAGUGCUGAAGCCUGGGAGGUGAUCAGGAAGGAAACCAAAGCCCAUCUAAUGAGAGCAGAACAGCUGGCUUCAUCUCUGCACACUGCCCACUAAAACCUGUCUGUUGUCAUGUCUGUGAUGACGGCUGUGUUCUUUUAAUUGCUUGUCUAUUUAUUUUAUUUAUUUAUUUAU